UUAUCUUAGUGUUCUAAUCGAAACCGUGUCCUUAUGAUCAAUCCACUGUGGAACGAAUCUGUUUGUAAAAUAAUUGUAAUAUGAUUUUUCAUGAUUGCAUGCCAAACUACAACAAUGGAUACAUCUUAUAACGAACCAGUUAUUAGUAAAUACCGAAAAGUAGCUUUGUUAGGAAAUGGUUCCUACGGUACAUGUUAUUUGGUAAAACAAAAUAAGACUUCUUAUGUCUUAAAAGAAGUCAACAUGAACUCAUUAACUUCUGUUGAGAAACAACGUGCUUUUAAUGAAGUCAGUAUGUUAGCUACAUUAAAACAUCGACAUAUUAUCGGAUACAGAGACUCUGCAAUUGACCACACUAGUGGGAAAUUAUCAAUAAUUAUGGAUUAUGCUGAUUCAGGUGACCUUGCCGCGGCCAUAGAGAAACAAAAGGGCGUACCUUUUAGUGAAUACCAAACCAUAUCUUGGUUCAUUCAAAUCAGCCAGGCUUUGCAGUACAUUCACUCUCUGAACAUCUUACACAGAGAUUUGAAAACUCAAAAUAUAUUUUUAAGUGGAAACCAUACAAUUAAAAUUGGUGACUUUGGUGUAUCCAGAUUGUUGAACGAUUCAAAAGAUUUUGCAAAAACUGCUAUUGGAACGCCAUAUUAUCUUUCUCCAGAAAUAAUAAUGAGAAAGCCAUAUAAUACAAAAAGUGAUAUGUGGGCACUAGGAUGUGUUUUAUUUGAGAUUUCUGCACUUGAACGACCCUUCAAAGCAGUGUCUUUACCGCAACUAGUGAGUGUUAUUUUAGAAGGAAGCCGACAACCGUUUCCCACUUGGAUGAAAUCUGGUUUAAUAAAUCAAUUAGUGGAUGAUUUGUUAAGUUUAAAUCCUGAUCAAAGACCAUCAACAGAUGAAAUCUUGGCUAAUCCGUCUUUGAGGAGCAUUCUUUCAGGUUUUGUCCAGAGCACAAACGAAAUUCCAAGUCGUCAUGUCACUAGAAUGGCCUAUAGCAGCAAUCCAAAGGAUAGCGUGAAAAGAAGUGCAUCAGUUUUAAAUUCAAAUAAUUCAAAGAUUCCCAAAUGUUCAGUAAAAACAGCAAUUCAGGAAAAUGAACGGAAGCCAACCGCCACUCGAGUUAUUCCACCUGCCGUCGUUGUCACUGAAUAUCAAGACAAAUAUGAAGAAAGUGAUCGGAAGCAACGUUCUUCCUCCACUCGAGCUGUUUCUCUCGCCGCCAUUGUCCCAGAAUAUCGAGGCAAAUAUGCGGAAAGUGACCGGAAGCAGCGUUCUUUCUCCACUCGAGCUGUUUCUCCUGCCACCUUUGUCACUGAAAACAGAAACCAAUUUGAAGCAAAUGAAAGGAAGCCCCGUUCUACAUCUAUUCGAGCUACUCCACCUGGCAUUAUCGGAGAUGAAACAACCCUUAAUGAAAAUGAUCGGAAAUCAACCUCCACUCGAGUUAUUCCAUCUGCCGUCGUUGUCACUGAAUAUCAAGACAAAUAUGAGGAAAGUUACAACAGGCAACGUUCUUUCUCCACUCUAGCUGAUUCGCCUGUCGCCAUUGCCACUGAAUAUCAAGACAAAUAUGAGGAAAGUUACCGCAGGCAACGUUCUUUCUCCUCCCGAGCUGUUUCUCCUGCUACCUUUGUCACUGAACCCAGAGACAAAUUUGAAACAAAUCAAAGAAAGUCUCGCUCUGCAUCCAUCCAAGCUACUCCACCUGGCAUUAUUGCAACUGAAAACAAAAUGCUAUGUGAAUUUGAGGCAAACGAACCGAAGCCCCGUUCUGCAGCCAUCCGAGGUACUUCAUCUGGCAUUGUGGUUAAUGAAAACCAAAUUACAGACAAAUUUGAGGAGAAGGAGAUGAAGAAGAAAUGGGAAAAACGCUUUGUGUUUCAACGUACCACUGUUGCAAAUACUAUUGCAAAUAAAACUCCAAACAAAUUUCCUAUUUCAGAACCAGGUAUCAGUAGCAAGAGUAAGAUGAAUAUCACAUACGUUGUCAAAGAAGAAAGCAACUCCGUCGAAAACACAAAACCUAACAAAUUAGAUUCCCCACUAUCUGUUCAUGAAAUAGACUUUGGAUACUCAAGCGAAGAAGCAGACUCUACCGAUAAAGAUAAAGGUGUUUUUGAACUUUCACCAAAUAACAGCGAACAAUUUCAUGAAGGUAUGAAACAUCCAGAAGCGAAAACUGCACACGACAGUAUUUUAAGCAACCAAACUCAUUGUGAUCAUUCACAAUGCAACCAGUGCUUGCUUGAUAUGAUGUGGAAAAAUAGAAUCCGUGGGUGCGUCGAUCUAUCUAACAGCAAUGGUGACUAUUUAAGGUUAAAAACGAAACUACUGCUGAUUUUCGGGCAUGAUUUAUUCCAAAAGAUUUAUGAAUCACUACUUCACGAAUGGGAAAGAAAUGAAAGUAACUUUACACAAACAUCUAUUCAAAGUUUCGCAAAGCUCCUUAAUUAUGAGCAAGUUCAGCAUCUUCCUCUUAUGAUGCAACUCAUUCAAUUAGACUUGGUGAAAUUAUCAGAAAAAGAAACUUGAAACAUUAUGAGCAAUGAAGUAGCUACUUACAUAUAAUAGUGCAAAAGUUUGACUAAUUCAGGUUCAGAGUGUUUGGUAAUAUAUUACAAUGAGUUUUAAAUUAGUGAAUUCACUUUUGAAAUUUGUAAUCUUGAGAUUUUUAAAUGUAACGUGGUAUUACAGCAUUUGUUGAACAAAUGAAAUAUCGCAAUCAGUGUUCUAUAAGUGUCUUACAUAUUUAUUAGUUGUAGCUGAAUAUAAUUAUUAAAAAAUAAAAAUAAAAACUUUUAAAAAUA